AAGGGCUCGGGCCUUUUCCACACUCCCUUUCAUCUUACUCGAGCAUAUCUGGAGGCGUUUCACUGCUCCGCUAGUGCUGGGAGAGGCACGCGAGCAGGAGGGGGCCUGGGCAGAGAACAACAGCGCUUCACUCUGAUCUUUCUAACCAUCGAAACGAGUUAUCGCUGCGUUGAUUCAGAGAAGAUCCUUUCUCCUCGAUCUUGCCUCUCUCGCUGGGAGGACCCGAGGAGAAUCGGCAGCUGAGAAAGCUCAGUAAUUGGGAGUCAGGAUGGAGGGUAAUAAUGGCCACAGCAGCAGCAAGAGCCUUGAGAGGGUGCUAUCCAGGAAGGCUGUGCAGGCUGGGAGCUCUGCCCUUUGUAAAAUCUGGGCCACGGGCUUCCUCUGCGGUGUCUGCAUUAUGUAUCUGUUCGGUGUUGCUCUACCUCCACUCCGAAUCCCGCAGAACCGAUCAGUCUAUCCACCGCUGCGGCGCGCAAUACUCUGGAAUUUUUCAUUGACUGAACAUGAUGGGGUUGCAGCAACAGGUGAGUCGGCUUCUGCACAGGAGAAGAUUGAAGAACGAAAGAGAAACUAUCACGCCACUGAAGCUAGAAUAGUGCAACUAUACAACGCUUGGAGCUCUAUGCUCAACACUACCAGUGAUGAAGUUCUGAAAAGUUCAGACCUACCGUGGCCGCCUCAUCUGAAUGACUGCAAGCUUAAUGUAGAAAGAAAUAAACGAUUUGACAGCUAUGGAGAUAAUGGCACAUUUCCUCAUUGGACAUUAUGGAAAGGGUCACUUGGGCUUGAACUUUUGAACCAAAAGUAUUCAGAAAAUGCAAAUCAGUAUAGACAAUAUCCUCCUUGGAUUGUAGGAUCUGAUGAAGAAAACUAUCCAUUGACCAGACGAGUGCAGAGAGAUAUAUGGAUUCAUCAGCAUCCUCCAAACUGCAGCGAUCCAAGCUUGCGGUUUCUUGUUGCAGAUUGGGAGAGCUUACCUGGAUUCGGUAUUGGUGCACAACUCGCUGGAAUGGCAGGACUUCUUGCCAUUGCCAUAAAAGAGAAAAGGAUUCUGGUUACAAACUACUAUAACCGAGCUGAUCACAAUGGUUGCCAUGGUGCUUCAAGAUCUAGUUGGUCUUGUUACUUCUUUGUUGAGACAUCUUCAGACUGCCGCAAGCGGGCUUUUGAGCUCAUGAAAAGAAAAGCCUCUUGGGCCGAGGGAUCUGUAAAAGUGAAGGAGAACUAUACCUCCAAGCAAAUAUGGGUUGGACGCAUACCUAGAAUGUGGGGGGAGCCAUGGAAAUAUUUGCAACCGACAACAGAGAUAAAUGGGAGACUGAUCACAAAUCAUCGUAAAAUGGAUAGAAGAUGGUGGAUAGCCCAGGCCACAAGGUACCUAAUGAGGUUCCCAACAGAACACAUGUGCGGACUACUGAAUGUGGCUAGGCACUCUGCAUUUGGUUUGGAAGCAGCAAAGUUGGUUCUCGAAAGUAUUCAGAAUGACUCACCAAAGGUUGGCACUACUAGAACCAAAUCUGACAUCGAGCGGCUUGUGUGGUCAGACUACAAACCAUAUAUACCUCGGCCUCUUGUCAGCAUGCAUGUAAGGAUGGGAGACAAAGCUUGUGAAAUGUCAGUGGUUGGCUUUGAGGAAUACAUGAAGCUGGCUGGCAACCUCCGCAGACGGUUUCCAAGUCUAAAGAACAUCUGGCUUUCUACUGAAAUGCAGGAAGUUGUUGAAAAAACUAAACUUUACCCUGAUUGGAAUUUCUACUUCACAAAUGUGGCACGCCAAGGCGGCAAUAUAACCAUGGCACUGUAUGAGGCCAGUUUGGGCCGUGAGACUAGCACAAAUUACCCCCUUGUCAAUUUCAUGAUGGCUACUGAAGCAGAUUUCUUCGUCGGAGCCCUGGGAUCAACUUGGUGCUACCUCAUUGAUGGAAUGAGAAACACAGGAGGAAAGGUAAUGUCCGGCUAUCUAUCGGUGAACAAGGACCGGUUUUGGUAAGCGAUUCAGAGGUUGCUUGCCCCGUUGACUGUCUUGUAGCUCCACUAAAUAGAGAUUCUCUGGCCUUAGUUUGCUUGUGUCCAGCAGUAGCAUGGAUGUACCUUCUGAGAAUCUGAGAAGACAUCUUUAGCAUGAACCUUCAGGACUAAGUAGGCGAGCAGUACUUUGUUAUAUCAAAUCAGGUCCACGUCUUUUGAUCUGGUGUCCACUGAAAGCUAGAUAUAUUAUCACUUCUCUUGGUCCAACUUAUCGCGAAAAGAGGAUGCACUUACUCUAUUUU